GAAGAAGAAGAAAGAACAACACGAAGAAGAAGAAAAGAAGAACAACAAGAAGGAGGAGAAGAAGAACAAGAAGAAAGAAGAAGAUCGAACGAAUUGCCUGCAGUUGCCGCUGUAGCAGAAUAGGGAAGGACCACGCGCUUUGCAUCUUUCCGAAUUAGUACCGAACGCAUUUAAGCCUGUUCGCAUCAGGACGACCAACACUACUUGAAUGGACUAAAACGGCAUUCAUUGCCAGGUCCCAGUCGUCUCGGUCCACGUCGAAGUUUCUUGGCCUAGUUUAGUUUAGCUUAGCUUGCUGGCCACGCACAAAGAGACGCGUUUAUGAUCAACGCAUCGCAAAGCGGAGAACAAGUCUGAGCCAAAAGUCUUGUGAUUAUCGUGUGAAAAUGUGUGCAAGAAGGACAGCAGACGACCAGGAGGACGUUUGUGGGACAAAAGAGGAGAGCGGGCGACAACUUCAACUGCCUGACGUUGUUUUCGAGAAGCCUCGAGUUGGGCUACGCACGGCAGCUUAGUUUAGCUUGCUAGCCGCUAACAAAGAGACACGAUCGACACAUCUCUAAGGAGAGAUCAAGUGGGAGCGCAAAGUGUUGUAAUUAUCGUGUGAAAAUGUGGAAAAGAAGGACAGCAGAGUACGAGGAGGAGCUUUGUGGAACAAAAGAGGAGGACGAGCGACAACGUCAACCAUUGGACGCUGUUUGCGAGAAGCCUCGCGUUGGGUUACGCACAGCAGGUUUGUUCUCUUCUUACGCUCGCUUGUUUAGUCACGACUUUGAUUUUCGGCUACCUUAUCCCGUUACACUUAAUAUCACACGAUCCAAUAAUGUGUUGUGUGGAUCCGAUGUGUGCCUUGUGUGGACCCAGGGGCGUAGGCCGCAUUUCAGAAAUUCUGAUGCAACACAAAAUCGCAAAAAAACUUUUGAAUAUACAGUCCCGUAAUUAUAUUGGAACUAGUUUUUAUUAUGAACUCGUAAAGUGGAAAACCUAACACAGAAUCAGACUUAAAGCAAUGACUUAAUAGUCGUACAAAGUGCAAAAAAAAAAAAGCAAUUUUCACGAGAGUGUGACCUGUUUUAGAAAGUACAACACACACACAUGGUUGAAAGCAGAAGUGUACACUUACAAUAUAGUAAGACAAUUUCAUUUUUUUUCUCACAGUUUGACAUGGAAUAAGACUAGAUUUUUCCUAUUUUAGUUCAAUUAGAAUUACCAAUUUACUAAAUGACAGAACAAUGAGCGAAUCAUUUUUCGACACAAUUUUUCAAGUCAGAAAUUGAUAUUUCAUUAGUAUUUGGUGGCAUUCUGCAACGUAUUACAAUAUAUAUUACAACAGCUGUAUUCUGCAAUUACGUUGGUUGGUAGAAAAGAGAUUCAUAAACUCAUCCCAGUCCAGAGACUAUGCUUGUCUUGAUUUGCAAAUAGGCACGGUGGCCGACUGGUUAGAGCGUCAGCCUCACAGUUCUGAGGACCCGGGUUCAAUCCCCGGCCCCGCCUGUGUGGAGUUUGCAUGUUUCUCCCCCGUGCGGUGGAGAUGCUUGUGUGUGGCAGGGGCAGCCCUGUGCAACUGUACAGUUGCUCUGCCCUUCCAGACCGCACACUUCUCCCAGCCAGGUCUACCAGUGCUUCCUCCUGUUCGUAGCUGUACUGAAUCCGAGCAACAAUGGCACAAGACCUAGACAGCUGAGUUUUGGUUAGCCCUGUCAGUUGUCCGUGUGGAUGCGGCGUACAGCAGCUUGGAUUCACUUGAUUGGCCCCUUCUGACGACCACGGGACUGAGUGCCAACACAUCACUUGUGGACUUUGAAUUUGGGCGAGUACAGAGGGGAAGUGUACUCUCCUAUCAGCAGCCAAAACGUCAAGCACGAAGCAGAGUUGUAUCUGAAUGCCCCACCUCCUCCAUGUCUUCGCAUUAUUACCCAUCAGCUGUCACCAAGAGUGUGUGUUUGGACAUCAAUGAAGAUCUUUGUCCUGAGCGGCUAAAGCCAGAAUCCCCUCGCAUUAAAGAGGAAGUGGAGGAUAAAGGAUCUUCUCACAUUAAAGAGGAAGAGGAGGAGCCAGAGUUUCCCAUUGUUAAAGAAGAGGAGUCUGAGCGCCCUCACAUUGAGCAACAGCUGCUCUCCCUUCAACCUCACAUGAAAAAGGAGAAGGAAGAGCCCUCAUACAUUAAAAAAAGAGGAUGAUCUCACCAAGUUACCAUUGAGUGGUGUCCCUUUGAAAAGUGGAGAUGAAGCUAAAGGUCAAAGUGAGAAGAUCAGAGGGGUGGACCCUCCAAGCAGCAGUACAACUGGACACAUGACCACAGAAGGUGAUGGAGACUACUGUGGAGCAUCACAAGCAGAAGGCCUCAUCGCUCCACUAUCAGAUAGUGACAACACAUCACACUCUCCUGACACUGAUGAUGAUAGAGAACAGCCUGAUGGUGAUAUGAGAUGUCACACUAAAAAAAAACACUGGAAAUGUUCUCAGUGCGGGAAAACUUUUCCUUAUAAGUCGAAUUUGAAACAACACAUGAGAAUACACACUGGUGAGAAACCUUUUGCCUGCUCAGUUUGUGGUAAAACAUUCACUCAAAAUACAUUUUUAACAAUACACACAAGAACACACACUGGGGAGAAACCUUUUUCCUGCUCAGUUUGUGGCCAAAGAUUCUCUCAGAAGGGAAACUUGAGAAAUCACGCAACAACACAACAUGGGGAAAAACCUGCUUGUUCAGUUUGCAGUGAAAAAUUAAAUGAAAAGGAAACAUUAAGAAUACACACAAAAACGCACACUAGGGAGAAGCCUUUUUCCUGCUCAAUUUGUAGUCACAGAUUUUCUAAUAAGACAAACUUGAGAAGUCACACAAGAAACCACAUUAGGGAGAAACACUUUUCCUGCUCAGUUUGUGAUCAAAGAUUCUCUCAGAAGAGAAACUUAAUACAUCACAUAAGAACACACACUGGGGAGAAACCUUUUAUCUGUUCAGUUUGUGGUCAAAGAUUCUCGAGAAAGGAAAGUUUAAGAAGACACACAAGCACACACACGGGAGAAAAACCCUUUGCUUGUUCAGUUUGUGGUAAAAGAUAUUGUGAAAAUGGAUUAUUAAGAAUUCACACAAGAACACACACUGGAGAGAAACCUUUUACUUGUUCAGUUUGUUGUAAAAGAUUCUCUGAUAAGGGAAGCUUAACAAUACACAUAAGAACACACACUGGUGAAAAACCUUUUGCCUGCACAGUUUGUGGCCAAAGAUUUACUCAGAAAGGGCACUUAAGAAGACAUUCGGUAACACACACUUUUGUCUGCGCUGUCUGUCGUAAAAGCUUCUCUCAAAGAAAGAAAUUGCCAACACACACAAGAACACACACUGGUGAGAAAUAUUUUGCCUGUUUACUUUGUGGUCAGAGAUUUUCUAAAAGACAGAAUUUGACAAUACACACUAGAACGCACACUGGUGCGAAACCUUUUGCCUGCUCAGUUUGUGGUCAAAGUUUCAAUGAAAAGGGAACCUUAAGACGUCACACAAGAACACACACAGGGGAAAAACCUUUUCCCUGCUCAGUUUGUGGUCAAAGAUUCUCUCAGAAGGGAAACUUAAUAAAGCACACACGAAUGCACACUGGGGAGAAACGUUUUCCCUGUUCAGUUUGUGGCAAAAGAUUUACUACAAAGGGAUAUUUGACAGCCCACAGCGUAACACACACUGGGGAGACACCGUUUGCAUGCUCAAUUUGUGGCAAAGGCUACGCGCUAAAGGAUAGCUUUAUUAAACACUCAAGAACACACUCUGGAGAAAAACCUUUUGCCUGCUCAGUUUGUGGUCAAAGAUUCUCUCAAAAAUGCAAUUUGACAACACACACAAGAAGACACACUGAAGAGAGGCCUUUUUCCUGCUCAGUUUGUAGCCAAAGAUUCACUUGUCAGGAUCAGGCUAAGAGACACAAUUGUGCUGGUGAGAAUAGCAGAGAGCAAGAAGCUUUAAAUUAAAAUGUAAAUGUUUAAAUCUCAAGGCAUUUCAUCGAUUGUUCUAUUGUCUUGUAUUGUGUAUACCUUCUUGCAUUUUAUGUAUCUUCCUAUAAAGUCUCCUGUGGAAAAAUGUUUAGAAUUAGCAGUUAUGCUAACGCACUUAGCAAUGCAUCUGCUUUUUCAAUGAGUCAAGGUUCGGUGUCCAUCCAGAUUUCGGUGCCACCAAUAUUGAAUGGGACUCUCCCACUUGCCACUGUUGUUGGUUGAGACUUAACUUGCUGACCAAUAAAGUUUUCU